CUAUCCCAUGGGUGUGUCCCCCUGUGCAGAGUGUGUUACCGGUUCUCUGUGCCCGUAUGUGGUGAGCUUGUCAGCCUCACUGCCAUGAGCCUUGGGACUGUUCUUCUUGGAUUUGUGUGUUUAAUGGAGCAGAGGAUCUGGGCACACUCUGAGCCGUCUCCCCAGCCUUCCAUCUGGGCAGACCCAGGAACUAUGAUUUCCGAAGGCACUGCUGUGACCAUCUUCUGCAGGACCCCUCCAGGAGUGACCAAAGUACGUCUGCGGAAUUCUGUACACAGUAGAAUUUGGUAUGAUCACACCCCACAAGGAGACCAGGAGGUUUUUGAGUUCAGUCUGGAGAAUACGAUGAACACCAAUGCUGGAAUUUACUAUUGUACAUACUUCAAUGGAUAUGAAUGGUCACAAAUUAAUGACAAACUGGAGUUGAUUGUGACUGGUGUUUACAAGGAGAAGCCAUCCCUCACUGUUGAUUCACAAGACUCAGAAAGAAGUGUGACUCUUGGUUGUUACGCACCUCCUUCCUUUGAGAACUUUAUCCUCUGCAGAGAUGGAAAUGCUUCCCUUCCUCAGGACUGCUUACAACAGGACCACAACAAAUUCCUCAUUUCCUCUGUGAGCCCAGGGUACAAGAUGACCUACAGAUGUUUUGCCUCUGUCAAAAAUAAUUCCUAUUUGUGGUCACUGCCUAGUGACCCUCUUGAGAUUCCGAUCCCAGGAUCUUAUUUUGUAGGUCACGCAUUAGAGAACCUCAUUCGGCUUAUCCUGGCUUUCCUCCUCCUGUUAGGCAUUGUGGCUCUAUUGCUGGAUGCUUGGAAGAGCAGAAGAGUGCUUCAUGAGGGCUUCAGAGAGCCCAGUGCUGUGAACCUUUAUAUCCAUUCUUAAACCUUGCCUUAACCAAGACAUGCUUAACCAACCGUGACCAUGGCAUCUCUUAUAAACGAAAACAUAUAAUUGUAGGUAGCUUA